GAUGUUCCGUCAUUGCCUUCUUGCUCAAAAAAAGUCUCCAGUUUUCCAAAUUCUUCUUCUAUUUAGUGCUUUUUUUGAGCUUAUAGCUUUAACAGCUCAUCAUGAAUCUGAGAUGUUCUGGCGUUGUAAGACAAAUAGUAGUACCUCGCACCACAUUUGAGGUUAUGUCCACACCACCUCCACCAGCACUGUUACGUUUCUAUGCUAUAAACCUAAGCAUACGAGUAUGUCUAUCGUUAUCGCAUGCAGUGUAAACCUGGCCCGUGCGCUCAUUGUCUUCUACCAACCAUUCUCAAAUGUUACGGCUCAUGAUAAACUUACAGACGUAUAUCCCCAUACAAUAAAAGGAACCGCAAAGAAAAAAAACUCUAUAAUCCAUAAUCGACGUAUUUGGUUUGUUGGGUGUGGCAGACGAGCGCGAACCUUUUUUUUUUUAAGACUGUCUUUAAAAGCCGGCUACCACACGGAAAAUUUUACUGCAACAAAAAUUUUGUUCCUUCGUCUUGGGUAUAACAUGGAUUCGCGCAGACCACGACCAGUCAAUCCAAUACCACCUCAAGUGCCACCUCAACCUCAAAAUCCUCCAGAUACCACUCAUCCUCCAAGACCACCUAGAGCACGCUCCAGAAUGUCUUCAGUCAAACUAAUGCUCUCUUCACUGUGGUGUUUUACAUCUUGAUAUUUUGCUAUCAGGAACUAAUUGCACCAAAAUUACCCAGACUCGAAAUUGUCCAACACACAAUU